UUUUUGAAUCCUAUAUAAGCCAGGCACACAAAGCUUAACCAACACUGCUGCUUUCCUCAGUCGUCUCUCUGAACCUUACGUCUUUUCUUUGGAAGCCAACAGGUGAAAAAUGAGUUUGUGCAGUAUCCUGACCAGUGCUGAUAUAACUGCAGCUGUCAAUGAAUGCAAAGCACCUGAUUCUUUUGACUUCAGAAAGUUCUUCAAGACAUGUGGUUUGAAACAGAAAACUGAAAGUCAGAUAAGAGAAGCUUUCCAUGUUCUUGACAAUGACAAAAGUGGCUUCAUUGAAGUAGAAGAACUUCAGAACUUUCUUCAGCUAUUUAGUAGUGGAGCGAGGCUUUUAACUGCUGCAGAAACCAAAACAUUUAUUUCAGCUGCAGACCAUGAUGGAGAUGGAAAGAUUGGAGAAGAUGAAUUUGUGGAGUUGGUACUACAUUAUUGAAUUACAAAGAGUAUCAGCUGUUCACAAUCAUGGAAAACCACAUGGUUACAAUCUACCUAUGUUUUUGAGAUAUACUUCUGUACUUUAUUUAUAAAUAAAGGCAGUAAUUUGAAA